AUGCACUUCACCCCCUUUAGCACCGGGAAGCUUGCUCUCCUCGCCCUCUCUAGCUCCAUCCUCGCCCAGCCUACGGUCGAGAAACGCUCCCUCAUUAUUGACCUAGACCUCGCCAAAUCAUUCGGCGCCGUCGCUGGAACGAGUCUGAACAAUACGGGCGCAACUUCGAUCACAGGCGACUGUGGAACCUGUCCAGGUUCAACAAUCACCGGCUUCCCUCCAGGAAAGUGCUCUGGCACAUCCUCAGCAAAUGAUACGCCAGGAUGCAAUGCUGAAGCCACCUGCAUCACUGCCUACAACAAUGCUCGAGCGCAGCAGCCCACUUCUGCUCUCGGAAAUGCCGACCUUGGUGGUCUGACCUUCGCCCCAGGUGUGUACACAUUCCCAGGCCAAGAUGCGAAGUUGACCGGAAAUGUCACGAUCGACGGCAAAAGCGACCCUAAAGGCCAGUGGAUUUUCCUCAUCAACAACACUUUCACCGCUGCUGCUAACUCCCGGGUCGUGACUAUUAAUGGUGCCCAAGCUUGCCACAUUUAUUUCGUUGCUGCGGAAGCAGCAACAGUUGGAGAAGCAUCGGUGAUGCAGGGAAAUAUCUUGGCCUACAAUACAAUCACAGUCAGCAAUGCGGCAAGCAAUCAGGGGAUAUUUUGUGCGCUUAAUGGUACCUUGACACUGAACAAUAAUUCAAUCACGGCUCAACCAAAUUGUACGAGUUAG